AUGGUUCCUUUGUUGCUACUAACGUUGGUUUCAGCAUGUCUGGCCUCUACCUUGCCAGUGGUUGAUCUAGGAUAUGAGCGACACCAGGCAAUUUCAUUCAACAGCUCCCACGGCCUCUACAAUUUCACGAACAUUCGCUAUGCGGCACCCCCAGUGGGCGACCUGCGCUUCCGGGCGCCUGUCCUCCCAAAGGAAAAUAGAGAAAAGAUCCAAAAUGGCUCGGUGGGCAAAAUAUGCCCCCAGGCAUCGCCAUUAUGGUCAACUGAUGUUCAAACGGCCUUCAUCCUGAGUUACUUCACCAAUCAAACCUCCUCCUCCUUCUCUCUCUCCACCAACGUCUCUGCCUUGAAGUACAAACCAGCGAAGCAAGACCCACGCGCCACUGAGGACUGUCUGUUCCUGGACGUCGUGGUUCCCAAGAAGGUGUUCGAGCGCACAAAAGGCAAAGGUGCGGGGUCUCGAAAGAACUUGGCGCCAGUGCUGGUAUGGAUCUACGGUGGAGGUUAUACGGGAGGUGACAAGAGUAGCUCAGACCCAACUGGAUUGAUCCAACGAAGCAUGGUCGGGAAAGACGAGGGAAUUGUUUAUGUUGCCAUGAAUUACCGAUUGGGUGCAUUUGGCUGGCUUGGUGGUGAGAGUAUCACAACCAACGGCACCGCCAACGCAGCACUCCAUGAUCAACGGUUUGCUCUUGACUGGGUGUACAAGAACAUUCAUCUGUUCGGCGGUGAUGCAACCCGAGUCACAGUUAUGGGAGAGUCUGCUGGCGCCGGUUCCAUUCUUCAUCAAAUCACCGCAUACGGAGGCACGCGGGGGGCUUCACCUUUCCAACAAGCGAUCAUCCAGAGCCCCGGCUGGGUCCCAGUGAUCAGUGAAGAGCAGCAAGAAGAGACUCUGCAGCAGUUCUUAGGGAUUCUCAAUGUCAGCACGAUUGAACAAGCCCGGAAAUUACCAUCGGACAAAUUGAUUGCCGCCAAUGCGCUCCAGGUUGCCACCAAGUCUGAGUGGGGACAAUUUACCUACGGUCCUACUGUGGAUGGCAGUCUGGUACCUGCUCUUCCAGGUCAGCUUUUGCUCCGAGGCGACUUCGAUCAUAACCUGAACAUCAUGGUUGGUCACAACGCCAACGAAGGGUUGGUCUUUACGUCGCCGGCCAGCAUCAACAGCACCGGUCUCGAAGCUCAAAUGAAGACAUUGGCGGAGGACAUUCCAAGAAACGUAUCUGAUUAUGUUUUGAAUGUGCUCUAUCCCCCGGUCUAUAAUGGCUCUUAUGGCUACACGGACUCGAUCGCGCGAACAUCUGCCGUCAUUUCGGAUCUCAUCUUCCAGUGCAAUACCGAUUACAUCAACCGGGCGUUCCACAACCAGACUUAUGCUUAUGAAUUUAGCAUUCCGCCCGCUCUGCACGGCCAGGAUGUGUCGUACACUUUCUACAACAAUGGAUCCGCCUCCGUGGCCAAUGUCACCGUGGCGUUGGCCAUGCAGGAUUUCUUCACCAGUUUUGUCCAGCAUGGCGCGCCCAAGUCUCACCUGGCACCGACCUUCGGAAAUUUGGGCCAACAUGCGCAGCUUAUGAACAUUGGAAACGAGACAAUUCAGCCGACGCCGGAUCUGACCCGCAACCCACGCUGUCGGUUCUGGCAGACUGCGCCGUAUUAUAAGCCAACAUGA